CCACUUUCGACGGGUAGGUUUUUGCAGACGGAAGGUGAAAAAAUUUUCCACAUUACGAAUUGCAAAAAAAUCAACAUUUUUACUAAUUUAUCCAUUUGAUUUGAUAUAAUUUUCAAAUUGUGUUCUAUUUAUAUUGUAUUAAAAAUCUGCCUAUAGAAAGUUGAAAAUUUACUCUGGAAAUAGAAAGUUAUUGCGUGCUUGUCAACGUCGAAAGGUUGAAACUGCAGCGCAGCAGGCAACACUCGCUCGGAAACGGGGCAACGUCGCGCUCGCUAUAAUUGUUUGCUUUACUUGAUUAUUCUAUUCGUCGACAAUUGUCGGCCAUAAGCAGAAACAAUUUUUCGUAAAAUUGGUGAAAAAAAUAUUUGAUUUGACACGCGCGUCAUACAGUGAUACAGUUAGAAUCCAACAUGAGUGGCGGAUUACCGGAGUUGGGCUCGAAGAUCAGCCUAAUUUCGAAAGCUGACAUUAGAUAUGAAGGCCGCUUGUAUACGGUGGAUCCACAGGAGUGUACAAUUGCUCUGUCGAGUGUGCGCUCCUUUGGAACGGAGGACCGUGACACCCAGUUUCAAAUAGCACCGCAGUCGCAGAUCUACGAUUAUAUCCUAUUUCGCGGCUCUGACAUCAAAGACAUUCGCGUUGUGAACAACCAUACGCUGCCGCACCACAAUGAUCCGGCCAUAAUGCAGGCACAAUUGCAGAACGGCCCACAGGUAAUGCCACAACAUUUCCCAAUGAAUGCGCCACAACAACAACAACAGCAGCAGCAACCGCAGCACAGUGGUCCAUCGAUGGCUGGAGGCAGUGGAGGUGCACCCGGAGCACCAGGCGGCGGUGGUUUUGGAAAUGGUAAUCCAUUUGGCGCCUUAGGAGCUCCCAGUCUUGGUCCGGGCUCUUUGGCUCCUGGUGCCGGAGCACCUGGCAGCGGAGGGCCGUUUAUGAACAUAGGUGGCAAUCAGCAACAGCAGCAGCAGCAACAAAAGCCCCAGCAGCAGCCAAAACAAAUUUCCGUUUUAGAUAUGCUAGCGAGCGCUUCGCGUUCGACAACGCCUAUUAGCCUCAUUAUCAGUCCAACGGCCGACCUGACCCAGCAGCACUCCCAGCAACAGCAGCAGCAGUUACAUCAGCAGCAGAAUUCUGUGCAAGCUCUCGGCGGUGGUAAUGCGCGCGAUGCCGGUCAUAAGCGCCAAAACCAUCAGCAGCAGCAGCAACAGCAACAACAGCAGCAGCAGCAGAGAGGGGGACCCAAUAUGCAGCAACAGCAGAGGAAUAACCACAACCACAAUAACGACUAUUACAAUCAUCCCCACCCCCAGCAGCAGCAGCAGCAGCAGCGCGAUCGCCGUGAUUCUGGCCGUCAAAUGGAUAACAAUUACAACAAUUAUAAUAAUCAACGUAAUCGUGGGGGAGUUGGCGGUGCCAUCCAACAGCGUGGCAAUGGAGGAAAUGGCGCAUGGAACAUGCACCGUGGUGGUCCACAGAAUUCGAACAAUAUGAUGAUGCGCGGCAAUCGCGGCAUGGGUGCUCGUGGCCCAAUGCGACCCAAUCAGGGUUAUCGUCCACAAUCGGCUAAUCAGAAUAAACCUCGCAACAAGAUCAAAUUUGAGGGCGACUUUGAUUUCGAGCAGGCAAACAAUAAGUUUGAAGAGCUGCGUUCACAACUGGCGAAACUCAAGGUGGGCGACGAACCCAACAAAACCACAGCUACAACAACAGCCACAACCACAACAACAACUUCUACCACUACUGAUCAGUUGAAUGGGGAGACCGACAAGAAGGAUGACUCUGGCAAUGAGACCGGCGCUGGCGAGCAUGAGCCCGAGGAUGAGGAUGUUCAUGUGGGCUACGAUAAGACCAAAUCAUUCUUUGACAAUAUUUCGUGCGAGGCGGCUCAGGAUCGCAGCAAGAACAAGAAGAACGACUGGCGUCAGGAGCGCAAAUUGAAUACCGAGACAUUCGGAGUCUCGUCCACCCGACGUGGCAGUUUUAAUAGCUACCGAGGGCGCAACCAUUACUACAACAAUGGCAACACGAUGGGCGGAGGAGCCGGCAAUGGUGGCAUGAAUUCUGGCUACGGCGGUGCACCUGGCUAUAAUCGCAACAAUUAUCGCAUGGGCGGCGGCGGCAACUUUCGUAACCGCAGCAACAAUCGUAACAAUAAUGGCGGAAACCGCCAGAACAAUAUAACAAAUGGAAAUGGCAGCGCAGCCGCAGCUCUGAAAGCUGCCAACAAUGCAGGAGGUGCCGGUACGGGCAACAAUACAGAGACCACGGCACCCAAUGCCGCAACAACGAAGACGGCCACGUCUACAAUUACAGAGCAGACGCAACAGGUGGCGGCAGUUUCUCAAUAAUGUCGCAUGCGUGGAGUUUCCUUGCCUAACUUUACAAAAUCUAAAAACAGUCCUACUCAUUGCAAAGCUAGUUUACCCGAAUGCAACCUAAUCAAGCGACCGACCGAUCGACGACAAAAAGGCUCUUAUCAUCAUGAAGAAUCGAUUAUGGAACUAAUAAUGGCAUAAACAGAAUAAUUGUAAAAUUUUACUUAGUGUUGUAACGCUCAUGACGUCCUGCGCGCACUUUGCCCGCCCACCGUGUUGCUUUGCUAUUCAUAAGAUCAAUCAAAAGCGUUCAGCAGCCAUAAAAAUAGGUUUUUGUGUAAAUGGUAUGCUGAACGGCAAUAGUGAUGCAGCACAUGAUUAUAGUGAGAACAUACACACCUCUACAUAUAUUUAGUAAUAAAUGUGAAGAAACAUUAAGCAUAAGUCUAUGAAAAGUUAAAGAAAAACUCUAGGAGUCGCAAAUUAUGAAAUUAAAGAAAGAAACAAUUAAAUCCAUGGAAUUCCCAACAUUAAUAAAAGCAAACGCAA